UUCAAGCGGUCGGUUGUUUUUGUUUCCUUGAAUAGCACUAAACAAUCCCUUGCUUUCAUUAAUUUUUCCUUUCAGUGCGGUUCCAUGAUUUCCGAGAAUUUUAAAUGACGCAGAUGAAGCGAUGCAAUUCGUAAUUAAAGUAUUAACUGACAAAGUGAACAACAAAAUAACGUGCCAGUUACCGAGAACUGACCUUUGCUCGCCUUUGUGACACGUAUUGCAAAUACAUCGUCCUGCAAACAUCGUAUAGAUUUCGUAGGACAGGAGUUUAACAAAAUAAGAGUGUUUUUUUUUUAUGUGCGUUCAUGUGGAAAACCUAAUCAGAGCCCCGGCGCGGACUGUCAGAAGAAUCAAUAUAGCUAACUUUUACAGGAAAUCAAGAUCAGGUGUAACUAGAAAUCGGUUUCGAUUCCUUGAAUUAAUUACGAUCGAGCGUAGUUUUAGAACUUAUUUCAAACUGCAGGUUUCGCUAUGAAUUCUGUCUCAGCAAAUGUGUGGGAAAAUGCUGGAAAGUAAGUAUUUUGUUCCCAUGUUUAUUUCCGUUUACGAAAAAAGAGAACUGAAAGAAAAACCGGAAAUGCAUUGACUAAAUCAUGUGAUGGGGUCACGCUCGAUCGUCACGCUUGACAAAUUGCAGAUGGAAGCAGAAGGGAAAAAAUAACUUUUGACUCAAGGAAAAUAUGAUAAUGGGGCUCAUUGCACAACGCCCGUUUUAUUCAGUUCCUGCUUGCUUUGGAACUUGGCUGCCGGGACAUUUUAUUUCGUCGCUGAAAACGCGGUUUGGGUUGAAGUCGUUGAAUGAUAGGCGAUUAUAACCGUCGACACGAUCUUCGUAGCAACUCAACGGAGUUUCAUACCCUCUGUGGUAACCAGGACACGCUGUACUCGCCGCAUUGUUGAAAGUAUUGUUCACCAGCUGACCGUGUAUCAAACCUCAAUAAUUAGUGUCAGAGUUUGCUAGACUGACCACUAACGCACUUGAUGGUUCAUGAGAUUAUGGCCUACUUAUCUUGGGUGGAACAUUGCAUAUCUGAGACUCUCUUAUUAUUUCUCCUCACUGGUCCAUUUAUCCUUCCCUCUGUUACAUGUCAGAUAUGCCAUAAUGUGCUUCAGCAGACUGACCCCCGAGUUAGAAUUGUAUCAAGCCCGUCAUCCAACACAUUGCCUUUUGGUGCGCCGCUCAAUCUCACUUGCAUUGCAUCUCAAAAUGAUGAGCUGGCAGAUAAAUUUGUACAUUUGUCAAGGCCAGUCUAUAUUCAAUGGUUUGGCCCACAAGGAUUACUGAACGGAUGCAAACGUGAAGCAGGAUCACCACCAGAUGCAGCUAUGAGCUGCCUUUUAAUGGUUCGUGCCCUGACUUUAAGACAGUUUGGAAACUACACUUGCCAAGCAGGCAGUAACUAUCGCUGCAGCAUCAAAAGAAUUGAAAUUUAUCCUCCUGAACAUCGAAGUCCAGAUAUUGUCCAGCAACCAGUGAACCAAACUGCUGUUCUAGGCUCCAAUGUAACCUUCAGCUGUGCUGCCACUGGUAAACCCAAGCCAUUAAUCACAUGGGCGAAGGACAAUGAUCUAUACUCUUUAGAAUUCAAUCCAAGGGCAAAGGUGACGACAGAUGGUGAAAAGAGUCUCAGCAAGCUGGUAAUGACAGCAAUCAAGAGUGAAGAUUAUGGAAGGUAUCACUGUGUUGCAAACAACAGUGCUGGAGUAAUGGCAUCAAGAAGGGCUUUCCUAUUUCCAGGACCAGUUGCACCCAGUCCAUCAGUCCUAAAACGGGCGAGCAGUUCAAAAGCGAAGAUCUUUGCUAUUGUUAUACCCAGCAUCAUCUUAGCCAUGAUGAUUUGUGGACUUAGUGUUUUCCUGUGGUAUCAUCGAUCAAGACGUGCACGUGAUGUAGAGAUUCCUUUAACUCUCAAUACGUGCGCCGAGUCUGUGGAACGGAUAUCAUUGCCGUGCGAACUUACGUCAUCUGAGGCAAACAACACACCGUUACGGGGGGACAUCAGGAACAUGUUCGAUACCACUGAGGGUCCUGCAGAGUCACCAAUACCAUUUCAAGAGUCUGAAAAGAUACAGCUGCCAGAUGUCGAAAUUCACUCUGAAGGCCAUCCGUUGUUAGGGGAAUUAACAGUUGAGAUUCCAGCUAGAAAGUCUCCAAAAGCAAGGCAGUUCUGUCCAAUAGCAGGCCUUGGAGACACACCUCCUAAAAGACCUCCAAAGCUCAGAAGAAAAGAGAGUACAGAGCACAAAGUGCGAUGUUGGUAUGCGAUGGAGUCACGGAGCAGAGAUCCCAAGCUAAAGAAGUCAGACACCCUAAACAGUAAGGACAGUGGUUAUGACAGUACAGAGAGUAGAGAGAACAUUUACCUUGACCAAGAGAUUGCCCUGGAGAACAACGGAGGCUGGGAAAUCGACUUGAACAGGCUUGAAGUCAAAACUGAAGUUCUCGGAGAAGGGCAGUUUGGAAUUGUUUACAAAGGCCGGUAUUGUCGAGACGAUGGAAAUGUCAUCGAUGUGGCGGUGAAGCAGUUAAAAGAUAGCACGUGUGAGACCAACAAAGUUGACCUACUUGGCGAAAUGCAGAUCCUGAAAGAAACUGGUCGACAUCCUAACAUCGUCAGCUUAGUUGGUGCGUGCACUCAGGAGGAAAACAUCCUUGUGGUCACAGAAUUAAUUCCUCGGGGUAGCCUUGAAAGUUUGUUGAGGUCCAGACAUGGUCGUGGCGAGGAGAAUAAGUAUGCGAAUCUCAAUUGUGAGUUCAAUGACCGAGAACUGUUAAAAAUCGCACUGCAAAUAGCUUCAGGAAUGCAGCACUUAGAGGAAAGGAAGUGCAUUCAUCGGGACCUAGCAGCGAGAAAUGUUUUUAUUGACGAUAACAAGGUUGCAAAGAUUGGAGACUUUGGACUGGCAAGAGACAUCUCUGAUGAAGGCAUAUACACCAAGACCUCCAAUGGUAAAGUUCCGUGGAGAUGGUCCUCUUUAGAAUCUUUACGAGAUGGGAUUUAUACAUCGCAGAGUGACGUGUGGUCAUUUGGCAUUGUUUUGUGGGAAAUAACUACCUAUGGCGAGUUGCCAUACCCUGACAUAACCACACCAUCCGCCCUUAUAAGUUUCCUCUCUUCGGGGAAACGGAUGCCUCGUCCCGACCAUUGCUGCGAGGAAAUGUAUAUGUUGAUGAGUUCCUGCUGGAGGGAGAACCCUUUGAUGAGGCCAACGUUUGCUGGUAUCACAAAACAGCUGCAAAAAUACCUUACAAAAGAAUAUAAGAGACCAUAUGUUAAUACAAAAAAUGAAGACAUUAGUAGUGACGCGGAAUCCUGGUUAUAAAGACGAUUGUGAAUUGUAUCGCGUACUUGGGACGGCGUCUGAAGACGCUUUUGGAGACUGACGCAGAAGUAUAUUGUGUGUGUGUCUGUCACAGCAUAAUAUGGGAUGAGGAACAGGACAAUAACGUGGGAGUCGGCUGUACAAUUUCAAAACGCAGGAAAGCAAGAGAAAUGCUGACUGGGCGUGAUAAGCCGAAGAUAUCUAAGAGACGGGAAAUGUUUACAUGUAUGCUUUCUGAUGUCUUGAGUUCUUACUGGCAGAAUGGAAUGGAUUGUUGAAGCGGCAACAUCGACCAUCAGUUUGGCAAAUAGGACAAUCGUGGAUAUGAACAUCGUGGAGAUGAACAUUAGCUAGCAACGGAUAUGCAGUACCUCAAACAUGCAUGCGCUGGCUGUUAAUCUUCUUUUUCUAUGGAGGGCGUAUAACGGUCGAAUAAAACUAGUUGAUACUUCAGUUUUAUUUAAAAGGGGGAAACGUUCGUGCCAGUGAACAUUUAAACGAAAAAUUUGAAUUUAUGUAUCAUUGUUUACAAAAGUCUUAAAAGAUCGAUUUCAAUAUUGUAAUGUUCCAAACUGUAUUUACCAAUUUCAGUUUCCUGUACAUGCACAUUACAAAAUUUGGAAGUAUUUAAUAAUUUGAUAUAUGUGAAAGUCGCUAAUACGCACUCCACAUCAAUUUUAUCUUUUUUUUUAUCCUCGGUUGAACAGGCAGAUUUGGAGGCAGCAAACGAUUUCAUGCUAUGCAGGCAUCCAUUAUAUUACUAUAGCUCUUUGGUACUCGGCUGCACUGACUUCACCUACUAGACGCCUACUACAAAGCGAGGAUGUGGCUUGUUAGCCACACAAGGAACAUAGUUUUGUAUCCCAUUCCAUUGUAUUUACUUCAAAUUCUAGAUGGUACAGAUGGCAUAAGUAAAAAUGAAAUAUCGAGGAAAAGGUUGUUGUUAUUCAUCGUGGUAGAUGCA